AUGAUGUUAUCGGAGAAGGAAUUUAUCAGUGAUGAUAUUGAAAUUAAUGAUAACACAAAAGCUACAUCUUCAAAAACACUUUUCAAUAUUUCAUCACCUUCGUUUAGGAAGAGAUUGGAACUGGGAGAGGAUGUGCCAUUCUCCAAUAAUUUUAAUAAUAAUGUAAAUAAUUCAAACAAUAUUGAAAAACAACAAACGGAAACAAGUUCAUCAUCAACUACAACAACACCGAGACCAUCAUUCAUCAAAGCACCUUCAUUACCUUCAUUAUCUUUUCCUAUUAAGAAAAGUUCAUCAGUUUCUGAUGAUGUUAAAGAGAUUGAAUCUAAAUUGAAUGCUAAUUGCAAGAAUGGUGUGGAAAGGGCAAUGUUAUACAUGUUGGCAAACCGAUUGAAUGUCAAGUUGUUGAUUGGAGUUCUAUUUGUGUUAUCUUUUUUAAAUAGCCUUAAAACAUUAAGUUUUAAUCAGAAUAUUUUGAGUAUUGUCCUAUUUCUUGUUCAAUUAUAUACUAACUAUCAUAGGAAGAAUAUUGAUAUGGCCAUGUCCUAUGAGGAGACUUUUAAAAGAUUGGAUGGGCAGGAAAUGCAGAGAAUGGUUGUUUCCUUGGUUCUCUACACAACCAGAAUACUAUUCCUUCCCGAACAUAACAUGAUGUUUAUUCCAGUUCUUUUCCUUUGGUUUGCUGGAGCUAACAAGUUGUACAUUUACUCAACUUUUCAUGGGCUAUUCCCAACAUUUUACACAAGCUUUCUCUACAUUAUGUGUGCUUGCUACCAUUCGUACCAUGAGUAUAUUUUGAAUGGAUACUCUGCUCGAUUCAUUGGAAUCAUUGAGCAAUAUACAGUUAUGACUGGCUGUGUUUGGAUGUUCUCCUAUUAUUUUAUUAAUGUGACUGGUUAUUUGAAACACAAGGUAGAUAAAUUGCAAGACACUAGAAAAAGGUUGGAAUCAGCAUUAGACGCUCGUAGUCGUUUCAUGGCCCAUAUUUCACACGAGUUUAGAUGUCCAAUAAUGUCAAGUAUAGGGUGCUUGGAGUUGUUAAAAGAAACUCCAUUGAAUGAAAAACAAAAUGAUUUGGUUGACACAAUUGUUUCUUCAAAUAGUGUUCUUUUGCUUUGA